CUCAACGUCAAACCAAAAUCAAAUAAAAAAUUGUUUAGGUUAGAAGCUAAAAGCGGUCGAUGGAUUUUAAUAAAAUCCUUUAAAAUGUUACGAUUCUGCCUAAAAAAUAGUUUAACACCAACCAGCCCAAUCCUGAAAAGUUGCUUCGGCAAAGAAGUUACAUCACAAUGGAGUGUUACUGGUGUCACAAAAUAUACUAACCUAACUCGGCAUUUUGCUUCAAAAACUAAUGAAAAUAGUAAAUUAGAGCGAAUAUACUAUGGCAUUCUUACACCACAAAUAAAAGGUGUAAAAGUGUUUUCAUUGUCAUCUAGUGUACUGGGUCUUUUUGCCCAACCUAUCAUACUAAGAGAAGCUAGUAAUAUAGGCAGUACCUCUCUAAUUGUGGCUAUGUGCACCGUGGUUGGAUUCUUCACAUUUGUUACUCCUCUGAUGCUACACUUCAUCACUAAGAAAUAUGUGACAGAAAUUCAUUAUGAUCCAGACACAUCUAUUUAUAAAGCAACAACAAUAAGCUUUUUCUUAAUGUCAAAACAGUUAUCAUUUAAAACAGAUGAUGUGGAAGUUCCAGACGUGCCGGGCAUGUUCACUACUAUGAAAGCUAAAGGAGUCCCCCUGUUCAUUGAGGCCCGGCACUUCAACAACCCCCUACAUUAUGCUAAAAUUAUGGGCUACGACAAACCUAUGGACUUCAAACUGGGAACAGAAAUAGACGAAACUGAAAAUAAAGUUAAAUAGUUUUUGUAAAUUAUUUAUGUAAAUAUGUUUAAGUUGUAGUUAUUUAUAGUUUAUAAAAUCUCUAAAAUCAAUA